AGGCUCACAUUUUCUCUCAGUUUGUUAGAAGAAAUUCUCAGCUUUGUGAAUUGAACAUGUCCGGCAGAGGCAAACAAGGCGGCAAGACCCGGGCUAAGGCCAAGACUCGCUCAUCCAGGGCUGGUCUUCAGUUCCCAGUCGGUCGCGUUCACCGUCUGCUAAGGAAAGGAAACUAUGCUGAGCGAGUGGGAGCCGGUGCCCCGGUCUAUUUGGCCGCGGUGCUGGAGUAUCUGACGGCUGAGAUCCUGGAGCUCGCCGGAAACGCAGCCCGUGACAACAAGAAGACCCGCAUCAUCCCCCGCCACCUGCAGCUGGCUGUGCGCAACGACGAAGAGCUCAACAAGCUGCUCGGUGGGGUGACCAUCGCCCAGGGAGGCGUUCUGCCCAAUAUCCAGGCCGUGCUGCUGCCCAAGAAGACCGAGAGCCACAAACCGGCCAAGAGCAAGUAAUGCGAGGCUGGCAGCUUCCACCACAGAAACGAUGCACCCGACACACAACACAAAGGCUCUUUUCAGAGCCACCCACGUCUUCCCAGGAGAGCUGUGUGUACUGUCAUUGCUUGUGUUGUAGCGAUAUCUGACGGGCUAGCCGCGCUUUCCUCUCCACAUCCCGUCCAUACAACCGCUAAAGGUAUAAACGCUCCCUUACCCUGUAGGAACCCUGGUCUG